AGGCAACAAGUUUAGAAACGCAUUGGGCUCAAUUUUGGCGAGAGUGAAACCUCUCGAUUAGACUAUUCCUCUCUGACCCACCCUUGAUAUUUUCCUAAAUUUAACACGGGUUCAAAUAGGUGCUGUUAGCUUUAGUGAUGGGGUGGCGGUGGUGAUGAUGCUGCGCGCUAUUCGGUUUUUUAAAGUAAUUCCAGAACAAUACUGAAUCCUAUUAGUGAGGAUCAUAAUGUUGCGGGUUGUGGUAGAAUCUGCUAAAGGUUUGCCUAAAAAUAAACUUGGAAGUACACCGGAUCCCGUAGCAUCUAUUAUUUUUAAAGAUGAGAAGAAGAAAACCAAAUCAAUUGACAGUGAAGUAAACCCAGUUUGGAAUGAAGUCCUUCAGUUUGAUUUGAAGGGCUCUGCGCUUGAUUCCUCAUCUUACAUUGAUGUGAUUGUGAAAGACUAUGAAACUAUUGGGAAAGAUAAGUUUCUAGGCUCUGCAAAAAUCUCACUGAAAGACCUUGCAACUGGUCAAGUCAAAUCCUCUCCAUCUCAUGAUGUGGCUCUUGUCAAUGAAAAGGGGCAGGCUAUUGGGGCCACGGUAAGCCUUUUGAUUCGCUAUGACCCUCCAGCCAAUGCCGCUCCAAAGCCAAAUGACCCACAGGAAGGAGCCACAGCUGGUGAUUCUGUGGAAGGUGGCGGUGAAGAGAGGGAUGAGGACUUUAUUGAUGUAGGACAGAGUGGCUAUGCAGGGGGAGUCUCCUCCAAUGGUCAGCCUGGGAACCCUAACCAAAGACUGGUCAGGAGUACCAGGAAAUGGAACCGUCCCCUGGCCAAUAAACCCCAGGACUUUCAGAUCCGUGUCAGGAUCAUAGAGGGGCGACAGCUCCCUGGGAAUAACAUCAAACCUGUUGUUAAGGUGAAUGUUUGUGGACAGACUCACAGAACAAGGAUAAGGAGGGGAAACAAUCCCUUCUUUGAUGAGAUGUUCUUUUACAACGUCAACAUGUUACCAUUAGACCUAUUCGAUCAAUCUAUCAGCUUUCGGGUGUACGACUCCUUCUCUCUGAGAGCUGACAGUCUCAUGGGGGACUUCAAGGUUGCUAUUGGCUUUAUUUAUGAUGGACCAGAUCACUCCGUGAUGAGGAAGUGGCUCCUUCUGAAUGACCCUGAUGACUACAGCUCGGGGGCCAGGGGAUACCUCAAAGUCAGCAUGUUCAUAGUUGGGACUGGAGACGAACCACCGGUAGAGAAGAGGGACGUUAGCGAUGACCAGGAUGACAUAGAGAGUAACCUGCUGAUGCCAGCGGGGGUCACUCUGCGAUGGGUCACCCUGUCUCUCAAAGUGUUCCGGGCCGAGGACAUUCCCCAGAUGGAUGAUGCCUUUGCCCAGUCAGUGAAGGAUAUGUUUGGAGGGGAUGGGAACAAGAAGAAUCUAGUAGACCCUUUUGUAGAGGCCCGCUUCGCUGGCAAAAAGCUGUGCACCCAAGUCAUUGAGAAGAAUGCCAACCCAGAAUGGAACCAAAUGCUGAAUCUUCAGGUCAAGUUCCCUUCCAUGUGUGAACAAAUCAAACUGACCAUAUUUGAUUGGGAUCGCUUGACUCGGAAUGACUCAAUUGGCACCACCUACUUGAACUUGGGCAAGAUAGCGUCCUCUGGUGGUGAAAUUGAAGACGAACAUGCGGGAUAUGGGUUCUCUCAAUCACGGAAGACUGGGGAGUCUGAGGUGGGUUUUCUGCCAGCCUUUGGGCCUUGCUAUGUCAACCUGUAUGGGAGUCCCAGAGAGUUUACUGGGCUUCCUGACCCUUAUGAAGAGCUGAACUAUGGCAAGGGUGAAGGGGUGGCCUAUCGAGGACGAAUCCUGGUUGAGCUCUCGACUAAACUGGAAGGCAAACCUGACAAGACUGUGGAUGCGAUCCCUAGUGAUGACAUCUUGGUGGCCCAGAAAUACCAGCGUAGGAGGAAGUACUGUCUGUGUGCCGUGUUCCACAGUGCCAGCAUGCUCCAGGAGCCUGGCGAACCAAUCCAGUUUGAAGUCAGCAUCGGCAACUAUGGCAACAAACUGGACACCACCUGUAAACCACUGUCCUCCACUACCCAGUACAGCUGUGCUGUGUUUGAUGGUAACCACUACUAUUACCUGCCCUGGGCUGACAUAAAGCCAGUGGUUGUCAUCACAUCAUUCUGGGAGGACAUCAGUCACCGUUUGGAUGCAGUCAACAUCAUUCUGUACAUAUCUGAACGCCUGCAAUCUAACAUCACUGCAAUGAAGACGGCCAUCUUGGCUAAAGCUUCUGACAACCGUCUGGCAGAGAUAUGGCUGAGGCUGGUGAAUCAGCUGAUCGACGAUCUUGACCGUUUCAAAGUUCCAGACCUGGAGGGCCAAUCCAACCUGACUGCCCUGGACAUCCAGAUCAAGAAGCUGCGGGACAACGCCCUGCAGACCAUCAUGGAGGGGGCCGACCGUAUGAGAGACGAGCUCGCCGACAUCAAGAACACCCUGGUGGACAUCGAGGGCUGGCUAGACAAACUGAAGCAGCUUGCUGAUGAGCCCCAGAACAGCAUGCCUGACGUGAUCAUCUGGAUGCUGAGGGGGGAGACGAGAGUGGCUUACAGCCGUAUCCCAGCCCACCAGCUCCUCUACUCCACCUACAGCGAACAGGCCUGUGGACAGUUCUGCGGCAGGACCAGGACUAUCCUCAUGCAGUACCCUAUGGAUAAAAACAAGGGGCUCAAGGUUCCAGUCCAGAUCCGAGUCAACGUGUGGCUUGGCCUGUCUGCACACGAGAAGAAGUUCAACACUUUCUCUGAGGGGACGUUCAGUGUGUUUGCUGAAUUGUAUGAGAAUCAGGCCUACAUGCUGGGAAAGUGGGGAACUACGGGUCUGGGUUUACGCCACAAGUACUCUGAUGUGACUGGCAAACUGAAGCUGAAACAGGAGUACUUCAUGCCCCCGCGAGGCUGGGAGUGGGAGGGAGAAUGGUUCAUCGACCCAGAGAAGGGUCUGUUGACAGAGGCAGAUGCGGGACACACUGAAUUCAUAGAUGAAGUCUUCCAGAAUGAGACUCGCUUCCCUGGCGGAGAGUGGAAGCCUGCUGCUGAGCCCUACGCUGACGUGAAUGGGGAGAAAACUCAGAACCCAGGGGAGAUGGAGUGUCCUGCAGGCUGGAGCUGGGAGGAUGAGUGGGCUGUGGAUGACAACAGGGCUGUGGAUGAGAAAGGUUGGGAGUAUGGAAUCACUAUCCCUCCAGAUGAAAAGCCCAAGUCAUGGGUGCCAGCAGAGAAGAUGUACCACGUCCACAGAAGGAGGAGAGUGGUCAGGCCCAGGAAGAGAUCCGCUGCUGGUACAACCGCUGAGAAGCGAGACCAAGGAGACCCAGAGGGCUGGGAGUUCUCCUCUCUGAUUGGCUGGAAGUUCCACAGGAAGGUGCGUUCCACCGACACAAUCCGACGCCGACGCUGGAGGAGGAAGAUGGCCCCCGCCGACCGCCUAGGGGCAUCCGCCAUUUUCAAACUGGAGGGGGCACUGGGGGUUGAUACAGAUGAGAAGAGAAAAGAUGAGAAGGUUGAUGCGUCCAAGCCCUUUGGUGCCAAUACUCCAACUGUUUCCUGUUCAUUUGACAGGUCACACGUCUACCACCUCCGCAUCUACAUUUACCAGGCCAGGAACCUUGUUGCCAUGGACAAAGACAGCUUCUCGGAUCCAUAUGCACAUGUGUCUUUCCUGCACAUGAGUCAAACCACCGAGACCAUGAAGGCUACUCUGAACCCCACGUGGGACCAGACUCUGAUCUUCCAUAACAUGGAGAUCUAUGGGGACCCCCAGAACAUCGCCCACUAUCCCCCCGAUGUGGUGCUGGAGUUCUAUGACAAUGACCAAGUGGGGAAACAUGAGCUGCUGGGUCGGAGCAUGUGUGUCCCCCUGGUGAAACUGAACCCAGGCAUGGACCAGACCCCUCAACUGCUGUGGUCCCCCAUCACACACAAGGGCAGGCGGGCUGGGGAGGUGCUUGUGGCUGCUGAGCUCAUCCUGACGGAUAAGGGGAUUGGGAUGGACCUCCCUCUGGUUCCUCCCAAGAGGGCAGAGAAUCUGUACAUGGUGCCUCAGGGGAUACGGCCUGUGGUGCAACUCAUGGCCAUUGAGAUUCUGGCCUGGGGCUUGCGCAACAUGAAGACUUACCAGUUGGCCACAGUGUCCUCCCCUAGCCUGGUGGUGGAGUGUGGAGGAGAGGUGGUUCAGUCUGCUGUCAUCAAGAACAUGAAGAAGAGCCCCAACUUUCCUGGAUCUGUCCUCUUCCUCAAAGUGCUCCUUCCCAAAGAGGAGAUGUACACCCCUCCCAUCGUGCUGAAGGUGAUUGACCACAGGCCAUUUGGCAGGAAGCCAGUGGUUGGACAGUGUACCAUAGACACUCUGGAGGAGUUUCGCUGCGACCCUUACAUCAUCCAGAAGUCAUCCAUGUCAUCCAAAGUGGCUCUGAUGGCUUCUUCUCCUCGGGACAUCAGAAUUGACAUGGAAGACGGGAGGCCUCUGCUUGAAACUCAGCUUGCAGAGAAGGAGAAGGAGACAGUUGAUUGGUGGAGUAAAUUCUACGCUUCCAUUGGAGAUCAGGAGAAGUGCCGUCCUUACCUUCAGAAGGGAUAUGACACUUUGAAGGUGUAUGAUAACGAACUGGAAGAGAUUCCUGAGUUCAAACAACUCACUGAUUUCUGCAGGACCUUCAAACUGAAAAGAGGCAAGAAUGAAGAUGGGGAUGACGAUCCAUCUGUCGUUGGAGAAUUCAAGGGCUCUUUUAAGGUGUACCCUCUAUCAGACGACCCGGGUGUUGCUCUUCCUCCUCGCCAGUUCCGUGAGCUGCCUAAAAGCGGGCCUCAGGAGUGCCUGGUCAGGAUUUAUGUGGUCAGAGGCAUCGACCUGCAACCCAAGGAUAACAACGGCCAGUGUGAUCCUUAUAUGAAGAUUGCCCUGGGGAAAAAGUCAAUUGAGGACCGAGAUAACUACUUACCAAAUACCACCAACCCUGUGUUUGGAAGAAUGUUUGAGAUGACAUGUUUCUUGCCUGAAGACAAAGACCUGAAGAUCUCUGUGUAUGACUAUGAUCUGCUGAGUCGCGAUGAGAAAGUGGGCGAGACGGUGAUUGACCUGGAGAACCGUUUCUUGUCGCGCUUCGGCUCCUACUGUGGCCUACCUCAGACAUACUGCACCUCUGGAAUCAACCAAUGGCGUGACCAGCUGAAGCCCUCUCAGAUCCUUCAGAACCUGGCCCGCCUCAAAGGUGUCCCUCCACCCAUGACAGAAGACAAUGGCAACACACUGUCAUUCAAUGGGGAACAGUACACCCUGGCUCAAUUUGAGGCUAACAACGAGAUCCACCAGCACUUGGGCCCUGCCAACGAACGUCUCCCUCUGCAUGUGCUUAGAACUCAAGGAUUGGUGCCGGAGCAUGUGGAGACCAGGACACUGUUCAGCAGCUUCCAGCCCCAACUCUCUCAGGGCCGUCUUCAAAUGUGGGUGGAUGUUUACCCCAAAAGCAUGGGCCUUCCCGGACCACCCUUUGACAUUGCACCACGCAAGGCCAAAAAGUAUUUCCUUCGAGCUGUUGUUUGGAACACCACUGAUGUCAUUCUAGAUGAAACCAGCAUCACUGGGGAGCACAUGAGCGAUAUCUACGUCAAAGGUUGGAUGCCAGGUAUGGAGGAGGACAAGCAGAAGACUGACGUCCACUACAGGUCUCUGGACGGAGACGGCAACUUCAACUGGAGGUUCAUCUUUGGCUUUGAAUACCUGCCCGCUGAACAGCUAUGUCUGGUCUCCAAGAAGGAACACUUCUGGAGUCUAGACAAAACAGAGUUCAGGAUACCCCCCAAGUUGAUUGUUCAAAUUUGGGAUAAUGACAAGUUCUCAUUAGAUGAUUACCUGGGCACAGUAGAGCUGGAUCUGUGUAACCUAACCCCUCCUGCCAAGACUCCAGAAAAGUGCAGUCUGGGUAUGAUGGAGGUGAUUUUGGAUGCAGAGCCACACAAAUCAGACCUGACCAACUCGCUGUUCGCUCAGCAGUCUGUCAGAGGCUGGUGGCCCUGUGUCAUUGAACAGGAUGGGAAGGAAGUCCUUGGUGGGAAGGUCGAGAUGACUCUUGAAAUUGUGGCUGAGAAUGAGGUGGAUGGGAAGCCUGCUGGGAAGGGCAGGGAUGAACCCAACAUGAACCCAAAGCUUGACUUCCCUAACCGUCCAGACACGUCCUUCUUCUGGUUCACGAACCCCUGCAAGACCAUGAAGUUUAUUUUGUGUCGCAAAUUCAAGUGUAUGUUCAUUGGACUGAUCCUGCUGAUCCUAGUGCUGCUCUUCAUCGGAAUCCUGUUAUACUCUUUACCGAACUAUAUUUCAAUGAAAAUUGUGAAGCCGUUUCAAUGAGAACUCCAGAGGAGCAAGAGACCCAAAGAUUUCCGAUGUAUUUUCAACCAAAAACAUUGACUAUUUUAUGUAUUCAAAACUGUAUGUGUAAUAUUUCAAAUGUAUAAAAAAAAAAACUUUGUCCACAGAAUGCACAAUUGGUAUUGUUCAAACUAACUUCUGCCAUAUGUUCUCUUUUCAGAAGUUAGUCAGAAUUCCUUAAACGUUAUGCACUUUUUCACUUCACUUUUUUUUCAAUGUUCUAUGCUUUGCAAUUCAUAUAUUGUUGUGAUUAUGUACACACUGAAUGUUCAAAUCUGCUUUUGUAUUGUUUGAAAAUAUGUUUACUAACAUGUUUGUUUUUUAAAGGUCAUAAUAAAUGAUAAUCAGUAUGCAAAUGGAA